UAUCGACUCCACAUUAGUAUCAUAGGUCGAUCGAAUCAGUGGUCCUCAACAAAAUGAAAGUUUUGUGACAUAAAGAAUAUUAAACUAUAAACAAUGAAGUUAAUUAUAAUUACAGUGGUUAUUUUAAGCUGUCUCUACAGUGCUACAGCGAGAUGUGUAAUGCGAGGCGAGUGUGUAGAGAUCAACGGGUUCGCAAAACCGUGCCCUUUCCCGUACGAUCCUCCAGCCCUACUUGUAAAUUUAACACAAUCUGAUAGAAUCGAGAUCUUGGAAAUUCUGGAAUCGCGAUGUCCGUUUUUAGUAUACGAUGAAUACGGUACUCUUAAGCCGAUCGAAGACAUCUUGACAUGCUGCGAUGAGAUCCAGUUGAGGAAAAUGCAGGAGAGCUUGAUGCUAGCCGAAGGUAUCCUCGGCAGAUGUCCGACGUGCUUACGAAAUUUUGUCAGACAAAUCUGUGAGAUGAAUUGUUCCCCAGAUCAGGCGCGGUUCGUAGAAGUAACAGUGAUAAACGCGACGGACGGUACUCCAUAUGUCAACGAAAUCGAUUACAGAGUAUACGAAAACUUUAUGUUGGACGCUCACGCUUCAUGUUCCAGUGUGGUCGUCCCUCAAACUGGAAUGCCGGCCAUCAAUCUCAUGUGCGGCAAUGCUCCCGUUUGCGACGCUGACGCAUGGUUCGGAUUUACUGGAGAUACUACGACGAAUCCUUUAGCUCCUGUUCAAGUAAACUUUUUGAGAUGGCCAACGGUAGAGGACUCGAUGAACGCUCGUGCUCCUCCGUGUGAAGAAACCGUGGGAGAAGAUCUACCCUGCAGCUGCGUCGAUUGCUUAGCGAAUUGCCCUGUUGGAACUGAGCCGCUUCCGCCAAGUAUUUGCACUGUUCUUUCAGUAAACUGUAUUAGUUUCUCCAUAGGAAUAGUGGUUUUCGUCAUCGGUGUUACUAUAUUCUGUAUACUUUCGAUAUUGGAAUACAGGAGGUUGAGAAACGUUAGAAUUGAAAAUAAUAACUACAAAUCUGUUCCCGAAGACAAUUUCUUCAUUGCAUUUUUCCAAGAAACAUUUGGUGCAAUCGGCGCAUUUUCGUCAAAAAAUCCUGUACUUGCUAUCAUGGUCACCACAUGGAUAGCUUUCGCUAUGCUCUUCGGUGUUCUGAAUCUCAAUCUAAGCUCAGAUCCUCUCGAACUUUGGUCUGCACCGGAUUCAAGGAGCCGGACAGAGUUAAACUAUUUCAAUUCAAGGUUCGGGCCAUUCUAUCGCGCCGCUCAAGUUUACCUUCAGUUUACCGGUUUGGAGCCCUUCGAAGUAGAUAACGUGACAUAUGGCCCGGCUUUCAGAAUAGAAGCCUUGCAAGAAUUAGUCAAACUAGAAGACGCCAUAUUUAACAUUGGCAGAGACACAGGGGGCGUCGUUUUGAAAGAUGUUUGCUACGCACCUCUUAGACCUCGUGGCGGUGAAAAGAGAGUAGAGCAGUGUACAUUCAUGUCAGCAUCAGUUUAUCUUGGCAGAGACCGCAACAAUAUAAAUAAUGAAACAUACUUAGAUACCAUUCAGAAUUGCUUGAAUAAUUACUUGGCCCUUAACUGUAUGGCUGAGUGGGGCGGCGGUGCCGACCCUGAUAUUUCUUUCGGAGGUGUUACGGGAGAUAAUAUUUUAAGUGCCAAUACGCUACUUAUAAACUUUCCUAUAAGUAAUUUUCUUUUAGAAGAAGAGCUGCAACCCGUGCUCGAAUGGGAGCAGAAGUUUCUUGAUUUAUUACACGAUUAUGAAGCAAAUUGGAAACCGGAUUUCGUCGAUGUUAGUUAUGGUGCUGAGCGGUCAAUUGCUGAUGAAAUUGAGCGAGUUUCACGGGCAGAAGUUUUACCUAUUGCUCUGAGUUAUUUACUUAUGGUUAUAUAUGUUAUACUAGCUUUAGGAAACAUACGAUAUUGUAGAACUUGGUUGGUCGAUAGCAAAGUAACAGUAGGUAUAAGUUGCAUAAUUAUUGUAGUAGGUUCCAUUUUUUGUGCGAUGGGUGUAAUGGGUUACGCUCAAAUUACAUUGACAUUGUUAGCGAUUAACGUGAUACCAUUUUUUGUGUUAUCAGUGGGAGUAGAUAAUGUUUUCUUAAUGGUUAAUACCUUACACGAUAUAGAAACUAACUUAAAAGAGUACGAUGAUUACAAUGAAAACUUUAGUGCUAGAAAAAAGAGAACAUUCGUGUUCACUAAAAUGAUGAAGAGAGUUGGGCCAUCUAUGUUUGUUACUUCGGUUACACAAAUCACUUGCUUUGCGAUUGGAAGUCUUGCUAAUUUCCCUGCAGUGGUCACGUUUGCGGUGUUUGCUUCAUUGUCUUUAGGUUUCUUAUUUAUUUUUCAAAUCACUACUGUUGUUGCGAUAUUAUCAAUUGACUAUGACAGAGCCAGUCAAAAUAGACUAGAUGUAUUUUGUUGUGUUCAAAAGAAAGUCCUUCUAGAUAAUGAUCCUUUGAACGCAGAUACGCCGUAUCAGAGUAUCAUCGCGAGAUUAAUGAAACCCUACUCCGAAUUUAUUUUAAAUUGGAAAGUGAAAAUUGUUGUAGCAAUUAUAUUUAUGGCAAUAUUUUCCAUCAGUAUAAUAUUAAUACCGCAACUUGAAAUAGGAUUAGAUCAAAAUUUAGUUUUACCUACCGAUUCUUACAUGUACAAAUAUUUGCAAUCAGUAAAUGACGUGUUGCGACUUGGACCACCAGUUUAUUUCGUUUUGAAAGGAGGGUUAAACUUUACAGACACAAACGAUCAAAACGUUAUUUGUGGAGGUCAAUUAUGUUAUCCAGACUCUCUCACAACCCAAAUAUUCUUAGCUGCUCGGCACAGCGACAUUACGUAUAUAGCAAAAAGUUCUAAUUCUUGGUUAGAUGACUUCUUCGAUUGGUCAAGUUUAACUGGGGCUUGCUGCAAGUACAAUACUACAAACGGUGGAUUCUGUUCUAGUACUGAUCCCUCUCCCGAAUGUCAAUUUUGUUCCCUCGGCAGAGACGAAUUCGGCAACGGUUUACGACCAGAUUCAAAGACUUUUGAAAAUUACAUACCGUUCUUCCUACAAGAUACUCCGACCGAUCAGUGUAAUAAAGGAGGUCUCGCUAGCUACUCGGGUUUUGUUAAUUAUUUGUUAGAUUCAGAAGGGCGUGCUACUGUCCACGACACUGCCUUCAUGGCAUAUCACGUAGCGUUGGGAACAUCAUAUGAGUAUAUAAAUGCUGUUAAAUACGGGUACGAAGUUUCUGCUAACAUAACUUCUGCGAUAAAGGAACAUACCGGUAAAGAUGUUGAAGUGUUUCCAUAUUCAGUAUUUUAUGUAUUCUAUGAACAGUAUUUGACAAUGUGGGGUGAUACAUUCUCUUCGUUAGGUUUUUGUUUGAUAGGAGCAUUGGUUAUUAAUUUAUUAGCUACUGGAUUUAACGUCUUAACGACUCUUACUGUGAUGUUUACUAGCAUUAUGGUUGUUAUAGAUAUGAUGGGGGUCAUGUACAUCUGGAACAUUCCAUUGAAUGCUGUAUCAUGUAUUAAUUUGAUCGUAUCUAUAGGUAUUGCUGUAGAGUUUUGUAGCCAUUUGGCAUACGCUUUUACAACCAGUAAAUGUCCACCCAAUGAAAGAGUCGCAGAUGCAAUUUGUAAAGUAGGCUCAACUAUAAUUACGGGAAUAACAUUAACAAAUAUACCGACUAUAGUUUUAGCAUUUUCUUACACUGAAUUGAUUGAAGUUUUCUUCUUUAGAAUGUUUUUCAGUUUGGUGAUACUCGGAUUAUUGCAUGGCAUGGUAUUCUAUCCUGUGUUCUUGAGCUAUUUUAACGAUAUUAUUAAUAAGAAAUGAGUGUCAGGGUCAGAUUUAAAUUGACUCUAAAUUUAAGAUACCUAUUACAUUAGAUGUU